UUCAGUCUCCACUGUGUUGGAUUCGAUUUAUGAUGAACACACUGAUUCACAGUUCACACUCGCAUUCUAAUCUCUAUUGGGAUCUCAUCACGCAUUGGAGUAAGAUUGAUUUCGAAGCGCAUGUAGCUCUGCUGAUUCACAUCUAGAGAGAGAGAGAGAGAGAGAGAGAGAGAGAAGGGGAAAAAUGGCAGUGAGAACUGGGGUUUUGAAGGCAGUGCUUGGUUUAAUGGCGAUUUGCUUGGCAGCGUAUAUAGUGGGCCCGCCUCUGUACUGGCACUUGAUGGAGGGAUUGGCCUCUGCUUCUGCUACUUGUCCUUCUUGUAACUGUGAUUGUGAUGAUGCUUUGCCCCUUCUCUCAAUUCCUAAAGGACUUCAUAAUGCUUCCUUUGCAGAGUGCGCAAAGCACGACCCAGAUGUGAGUGAGGACACACAGAAGAAUUUUGCUGAGCUACUGUCUGAGGAGUUAAAGCUGCGAGAAGCUGAAGCUUUGGAGAAUCAGCAGCGUGCUGACAUGGCACUGCUUGAAGCGAAGAAGAUGACGUCCCAGUACCAGAAAGAGGCCGACAAGUGCAAUUCUGGAAUGGAGACCUGCGAGGAGGCAAGGGAAAAGUCUGAAGCAGCUUUAUUAGCGCAGAAACAGGUGACGGCAAUGUGGGAGCAAAGGGCACGCCAAAGAGGUUGGAAGGAAGGCACCGGCAGGGCUCAAUCCUAGUUGAAUUAUUACACGCAAUCUAUUAGAAAUACCCAAAAAUUGUCAUAUAUAGUUUCUUCAAAUCAGUUAAACGGGCAUGGUGCUCUGGUUGAAGGGCAUCACAAGCUCCGAAUACCUGGUGUUUUUGCUGAAAGCGAGCAUCAGCUUUACGAGCAUCAUUCAAGUCUGAAAAAUAUUAUCGGUUCUUCAUGUAGAGGUAACGUUGUCACUAAUAUUGUUAUUAUUUAUCAGAAUUCCUUCUUUUGUAAGAAAAGGUGAGACUUCAUUUGGAAGAAUUUUACAUACAGAAUUCUGUCAACGCGAACAAUUUUCUUUAGAUUGAAGCAGAUAUGGUGCUUAUAAUGUUUAUUGAUCGAUCUUAGAGAUUGAAGAAAUGUUUUAGAACUUAGUUGUUGUGUAUAUUGAGCAUUGACAAGAUUCAUUAUUGUGAUAUUUUAAGGUUCAUAAGUUCAA